AUGUCCGACGACGAGGACUACUAUGAAUGGGAGGAGGAGUACCUCUUUGAGGACCUCGUUCCUGAUCUGGUGGACGAACUCGCCGCAUCCUCAAACUACGAAGCGACCUUGUAUGAGGACCCGAAUGCCGACGUUGCAGAGUACCUGAGUGACUGGGAAUACUAUUCGGAUGACUACCACGACGAUGACCCCACCGUGAAGCAAUCAAAACGGGCCGAUAUCACGCAGAACAAACACCGAACACAAACUACCACGCAAACGAACCGAGUCUCCGCGCCGCGCUCCUCCCUGAAGCCUGAUAUUACUUCAUUCCAAGGUGUCAUCUGGCGCACGCCAGGCAUGGGCGAUGACCUAGACCUUGCUGUGCAAAUCUACGAGCCUGGAAAUGGGGAAAAGGUAGCGCUCUUGGAGAACUGGCGAGAGAUCUUCAAGUCUGUUCAGCCUGCACUGGACAAAUCGCGGCUACGCAAGAGACGGGCAGUGGAUACCCCGCCGGUGGAACCCGAAUUUGCGGACGAUGAGUUCCCCUGUGACGAUGAUGAGGAGGAGGACAGCUCCGACGAAAUGUCCGAUAUCCUGUCGACCGACAAUAUGGCCGACAAGGAUGACGCCGGAGAUGCCUCGAACACUACACCGGAGCUGGGACAGUCGCCGCAGGGGGUGCCGAUACCGGUGGAGUCGGCGUCCGAGAAGAGAGGCCGCAAGCGCAAGGCCGAGGCUCCCCCAGAGGAGCCGAACAAGGACAACCCUGGCGACGACGACGCAACACGGGCGCGGACGAAGCGGGUGGCUUCGGCAAAGGGGGCUGAGCAGGCGGCAAGAUCGGAUACUUCGUCUGGUCCCGUCCGGCGGUCUGCGAGGCAGAAGAAGUGA